AAGACUCUGCAAGCUUCGUAGGAUGAUAUUUGAUCAGAUAGUUUAUCGCAAACGGCAAUUACAUUAGGGUCGAAUUUCUCUGAUCGAGCUCCCGGAUGUUGUAACUAUAGAGACGACGUCAUCAAAGUAGGUACACUGUACAAAGAGAUGUCGCGCAAUCCCUAUCCUUUCCCUAGACACCAGAACGACAGCGAUUUUACGAACGCAGGCAAAGAAACGGAUGGUUGUGAGCUCCACGGAAAGUUGAGUUUGAGUCCGGGAAAUAAUCCGUGGAAGCGACUGAAUGAGACGGCAACGUUGACGAGUUAUCGACGAGACGCUCACCAUUUUGAUCCUCUUGCUCCGCACGACAGUCUGGAUUUCGUCCUGAAGACUCGGUAUGACCACCACAACGAAUUCCUGCACUCGAAAGCGGAGACGUUAAUACAACCAGAAACGGUUGGCAUGCUAAACGGGCGAAUUCUGAAGAACCGACCGACUGUGGAGGAGUUUCAUAAUCGAAGAGAGGCUGACUACUACGAGGUGAAAGAUGCAAAGAAGCAUAGUGUUAACAGCAUUGGUGGAGCUAUUGAGAGUCACCACGGUGCGGCAACAAACCGGGGAUACUCGAGAAAACACGACGGCGGAUUUUAUACAACAUAACGUGAAUGCACAGCAAAUGAACUAAAACAUAAACGAGAGCAUGAAACUCACAAAAUUGUCAUAUUGUGUCUACUUGUCUUUUGAGCUCAAAAUCCUGAGAAUGUACAUGAACAGGUUGAUCGCAUCGAGGUAGAGAUUAAUUGCAGCCAUGAUGUAUUCUUCGGGUGAUAGCUUGGUCAUCAUGAUGUGUGUGUCAAAGAUAAUAAACCCUGAGAAUACGACAGCACCAGCCAGA